AUGAGCGAAUCGGGGUCGCUGGGGACCAGCUCGACAGGCUCCGAUACUGCUACCGAUCCCUUCAGCCAACUACUCGCUUCAAUGGCUCGUCCAAUACCCUGUGUUACAG